AUCCUAGCAGUCCAAUUUUAUCUGAAGAUGAUGAUGAUGCUCCCACGGUCUUCUCUCGGUUGAACUUCUUCUUCGUCCUCCUCCUUCAGGUCUUCCUUCCAACCGCUUCAUCACCCAACCGCUUCCUUCCUCCUCGUCUCUGUUGAAAUCAUGAUCCUCAGCGUUUGAGGAGAAGAGAGAUGAUGACGGCAGACUCCAAGUCCCUCCGCUUCAUCACCCACCAGUCCUUCUUCUCCGCCGUCCGAUCCGGCGACCUCCCCUCCGUCCAGAGGCUCCUCGGCAGGGCUGCCGCCGCGGAGAAGGAGGAGGAUGAGCUCGACGACCCUGAACGGCAGCACCCUCCUAUGCUUGAUGGGUCUGCUGUUUCCGAUCUGAUGGCCGUGCAGAACGACGCCGGUCAGACCCCACUUUAUGUAGCCGCGGAGAAUAACCUGGAGCAAGUCUUCAGCUACUUGUUGAGGUUCUGCGAUGUCAGCACCGUCAAGAUCCGGUCCAAGUCCGACAAGGACGCCUUCCACGUCGCCGCCGUCCGCGGCCACCUGAGAAUUGUGAAGGAGCUGUUGGCCCUUUGGCCUGAGCUCUGCAAAUCAUGUGACUCUACGAACACGAGCCCACUGUAUUCAGCUGCUGCUAAAGACCACUUGGAUGUAGUUAAUGCUAUCCUGGAUACUGAUCUCAGCUCAAUAAGGAUUGUGAGGAAGAAUGGGAAAACUGCUCUGCAUACAGUUGCAAGAUAUGGAAAUCUUCCAAUAGUAAAGGCUCUUAUAGAACGGGACCGGGGAAUUGUCCCAAUCAAAGACAAAAAGGGCCAAACUGCCCUCCACAUGGCUGUUAAAGGACAUAACCCUGCUAUAGUGGAGGAAAUUUUGGACGCAGACCACUCGAUUCUCAAUGAACGUGACAAGAAAGGCAACACUGCUGUGCACAUAGCAACGAGGAAAUGCCGUGCUGAGAACGUGCGCCUUCUGCUGAGCUACACAUCUCUUGAUGUCAAUGCCAUCAACAACCAACGUGAAACGGCCAUGGACCUCGCAGACAAGCUUCAGUAUGGAGAAUCAGCCCUGGACAUAAAGGAAGCCCUAACAGAAGCAGGAGCCAAGCACGCGAGGUAUGUGGGCCAAUUGGAUGAGGCAAUGGAACUCAAGAGGACCGUGAGUGAUAUAAAGCAUGAGGUCCACUCACAGCUCAUCCAGAACGAGAAGACUAACAGGCGGGUCUCAGGAAUUGCUAAAGAACUAAGGAAGCUCCACCGGGAAGCUGUUCAGAAUACGACCAACUCAAUCACAGUUGUUGCUGUUCUAUUUGCCUCGAUUGCAUUCUUGGCCAUUUUCAACCUUCCGGGACAAUAUCUUGAGGUAGGAUCCAAGGCAGGAGAGGCCAACAUAGCCCAUGAAGUUGGGUUUCGUGUUUUCUGUCUCUUAAACGCUACAUCCCUUUUCAUAUCCCUAGCAGUUGUGGUGGUUCAGAUCACUUUGGUUGCUUGGGACACGAAGGCCCAGAAGCAGGUGGUCUCGGUUGUGAACAAGCUUAUGUGGGCUGCCUGCACCUGCACCUGUGGGGCCUUCCUCGCAAUAGCCUUCGUGGUCGUGGGGGCUCACAGCUCAUGGAUGGCCACCACAAUAACCCUAAUGGGGGUCCCGAUCCUUGUGGGAACCCUCGCAAGCAUGUGCUACUUUGUCUUCAGGCAGCGCUUCGGUUUCUUUCGAAGCGACUCACAAAGACGCAUCAGGAGGGCCACCGGGAGCAAGUCCUUCUCAUGGUCCUACUCGGCGAAUAUAUCCGAUAUUGAUGACUAUAACUCCGACCACGAGAAGAUCUAUGCCCUGUAAAUAGAGAAUCCGAUAUAGCUCUGCAGUUACUAGUUUGGAGAGUUCAUUGGCUAUGGUUUGCGUAAUGAUGUAAGGUUGGUCUUGGCUCGUGCUGGUGAGGGUUGUGAAGUCUCUUCGUCGUUUGUUGUAUGUGCGAGGAACUCCACGUCACUCUGUUGUAGAUAAAUGUAAUGUAACUGUAAUGGUGUCUGCAGAUAGAUUUUGAAUAUGCAGACGGUGUAUGGCAAAAGUUGCUUGUAUACUAAGAUUGGCUCUUAUCUCAUGUGUA